CUAGCAACCAAACCACCAAAAACCAUGACCCACUCAAGACCCCACAAUUCUUUCCAUGAUUAACAACAAACAGUGAUGAUAACAUCACCACGCUGUUACACUCACCCGCACAUCCCCCUUCUUUCCCUAACUCCAAGAACAAACUUGGAAACUUUCCUCUUUCAAUCAUCUCUCUUUUCCUUCCCCCUAAAUUCUUCCUAGAUCUUCCACAAUUCUUGCUGUAAACCUUCUUGCCAUCAAUUUCCCUACUUCAUAUCAAUACCCAAUUCCUUAAUCCUUCUAGAAAUUCAAACCUCCUUGGAAGCUCACUUACCCAGAUCCAGGGAAUUCAAAUUCAGGUAAAUUCUAGGUCCAAUCAAUUUUGACCCAUCAAUUAUUGAUUCUUGAGAAUUGUUAAGAGUGAAGUCAAUCUCAAUUCAAAUGCCGGAAGAAGAUCUGGUGGAUAUAAAGUUCCGGUUGUAUGAUGGAUCAGAUAUUGGUCCCUUCCGUUACUCCUCUGCCUCCACUAUUGAGAUGUUGAAAGAGAGAAUUGUAUCUGAAUGGCCCAAAGGAAAAACUGUUGUACCAAAAGUUGCAAAUGAAAUCAAAUUGAUAAACUUUGGUAAGAUAUUGGAGAACAAUAAAACUGUUGGCCAGUGUCGAGCACCUUUCGGUGAGCUUGCUGGAGGGGCCAUGGUUAUGCAUGUUGUUGUACAACCAUCUCAAGCAAAAACUAAAGCAGAAAAGAAGAUUGAAGAGUCGAAGAAAUUCGCUUGCUCGUGCUGCAUCAUGUAGGAGAAGGAAACCCAGUCCCGUCAAGUAGGCGAAUAUCUCGCGUCUAAAGCUGGACGCAGGAGGUUGUUGAAGCUUACGAAAAAGCCGUCCGUUGUUUUGCCUACUGUUGUGUUGGAAUCCCGAUUGAGCUUUGUCACAGCAAGUUUUGUAGUACCUCAUUGACAGGCUGCUGGGCUGGCUUCCUGAUUUUCUUGAAAGCUUUUUUUUGGAUGUAUAAUUAAAAUGAAGCUGUAUAGAGCUAUUUUCUGUAAUGGAAAACCACAAUCAAUUGUGAAAAAUAUAUAACCACUUUGUGUGACUGAUGCCAAUAGAAACAGUGUGAUCUUUGUAUUUUUAUUUUGAGCGGGCCGGGGGCGUAAAAAAUCAUAGUUUGUGGAUUCAUUUGAUCUAUAAGCGUUGUAUAGAAGAUGAAGAUGAAGAUGAAGAUGGAGAUGAUUUGCGGGUAUUAUGAGCGGGGGGUGGGGGCGUAAAAAUUCAUAGUUUAUGGAUU